AAUAAACAGGAGUAGACUGGUGUAUUAUAGCCACCUCAUUCAAUGGAUGAUCCUUGUAGAACAUCUGUUGACCUCUCUGACCCCUCUGUGAGGAACCUUUCAGGCUGGGGUGGGAAUUGUGACUAUGGAGAAGUUCUGGGGGGCCCUGGAGAUGGAGCCAACAUUGCCAUCCGCGCGUUCAUCGGGAUGGUACUGGUGGCUAUCAUGCUCAUCUGCGGGCUGGGAAAUGGGCUCUUUGUCUGGGCCCUGGCCAGCAGCAGGCAGCUGUGCAGUGUCUCCAGUCUACUGAUCGCCAAUCUGGCAGUGUCCGAUCUGCUGGUGGCGCUGGUGUGCUGUCCCUUCGAGAUGCACUACUAUGUGCUGAGGGACCUGUCAUGGAUCUUCGGGCAAGUCAUGUGUUCGGCCGUGUCAUAUUUGCGCUCCGUGUCUCUCUAUGUCUCCACAGACACCCUAAUGGUCAUCGCCAUUGACAGGUAUCUGGUGAUAGUGUAUCCAUUGAGGCCCAGGAUGAGCAUUCAAAAAGCCUGGUGUGUCCUGGCUGUCACCUGGACUCUGUCCCUGCUCGUGGCCUUGCCUUCUGCCUACUUCAGCACACAAACCAUGUUCGAUUCCUUCCAUGGGUCACCUGGCCAGAAGAUCUACUGUGUCCAGAUCUGGACAGCCGACAAGGCCACACUCUACAAGUCCUACUUCCUGUUCCUCUUCGUAGCCCAGUUCCUCAUCCCUGUGCUUGCCAUGUCUGGGUGCUACACUCGAAUCUGCCAAGAGCUCUGGCUCAAGCAUCUUCCAGGAGUCCAGACGCUGCAGGUCCAGGGCCAGUUGAGGGCUCGGCGAAGGACAAUGCUGGUGCUGCUGGGGAUUCUGGCCACGUUCGUGCUGUGCUGGGCACCCUACUACAGCUACACCAUCAUCCGGGAUUUCUUUCCCAGGUUGCUGUUGCGUGUCACUCACUCCGUCUCUCUCUACUACCUGGUUGAGUGCAUCGCCAUGAGCAACAGCAUCAUGAACACGGUCUUCUUCAUCUUCGCUAAGCGUAAGGCUGGCCGCUACCUGUGCAGGUCCCUGCUCCGCUGCUGUCUCCGCUGGUCCCCAACUCUCACCCCUGAGCAAAUGAAUGUACAGAACCACCUAGCUGGCCAGCCCACUGCCCGUCAAUGAACAGAAAACAUGGCCAGUAAGAUCACAAGUCCCAAGGCACUCUAAUGGAUAUGAAAAGGAAAUAUUCAUAUUUAUACACAAAUAUCAUUAAUCAUUCUAGACCAUCCUGGCUUCAAAUAGCCAAUAUUCUAAGCAAGACAGGACCAUCCAAGACUUGGUGCUGAACAAGUUGUAGAUGGGAGGCCACCAGAUGCACAUUCGCUGGAGCUCCAUCAGUGCCAAGACACUUUACAAGGACACUCAGAUGGCCAGGCGCAUCCAGCAGUGCCACGUGUCACCGGACACAAGCUAGGACAGCCUGCAUGCCAUGUCCCUCCAGUAUGAACCUUCCAUCAAGAAGACCCUGCAGUCCCAGUUAAUGACUCAGCUACAGUACUGGAGAGAACCGCUGGACAUGUCUCAAUGACUAAUAUAUAUAUAGUCUAAUAAAUUCUUAAAUAUGAAUGCUAAGCUAUGUCCCAUGCUCUAUGUUCUGCACCAACGGGGGCCUUUAAUUUGGGUUUUAACUAUUACUAAGAUCUGUAUUAGUAUGUCAGUUUAUUAAACUUUCUUAUUGUUGUAUUCUCAGUCCUGAGAAUACAUAUGGUUUUGGGACUGGUCUGCCGCCACAGACACAUCUUAUUAGUGCGAUAGAGAUUGCGGGA